AUGGACGCCGUGCUUCCCGUCUACCAGGACGCCGUCGUCGCCAACUUCUACAACGGCGUCGUGCUCGCAGCCGUGGAGGCGGUCGUCGCCGGGCUGGAGGACGGGCGCCAGCUGUGCGUGCUCGAGGUGGGCGCCGGGACCGGAGGGACCGCGGCCAUGGUUCUGCCGGCGCUGCAGAACGCUUGCGCGCAGUACCUCUUCACGGACGUGUCGGAGGUCUUCCUGCUGCAGGCGCAGCAGCGCUUCGCCGAGUAUGCGGGCUUCAUGCGCUACGAGCUGCUCAACAUCGACGCCGAUCCUCGGCUCCAGGGCUUCGCCCUCGCGCAGCAGCACCUCGCGAUCGCCACCAACGUGCUUCACGCGACGCCGUACAUUUGCAACACCCUCGCGCACUGCCGCCAGCUGCUCAGCCCGGGCGGGCUGCUCGUCGUCAACGAGGUGCUCGAGACGAACGCGUUUGCGCAGAUCACGUUUGGCAUGACGGAUGGGUGGUGGCUCUUCGCU